UUUUAGAUGUAAACAACAACAGCAACAACAAACAGAAGGAUGUACAGCAACAACACCAGCACUCCGCCACAUGACUGUCACACAUAUUACACUCCGCUUUUGCACAUUAACACAGAACAUCUCGUCGUCCUGAAAGUGUUAGAGAACAGUUCAUGCAUAUUGGAAAUCGCAGCACAGUUCUUCAACACAUACUUUUUGCACACCGCCGCGUUCAUGAUACUAGUGACUGCGUAUGAUCGCUACCUCAAAAUACAUCACUUACACAACUACCCUAAAAAAAUGACGACAACCAAAGUCUCCGUAUUUUUCGCUAUCAUUUCUGGGUUAGCUUUUUUCCAAGGUGUGGCAAGAACUGUGGAAACAUUAAACCCCCAUAUACACUUGUCUGGUUUUAUUUUAUUGCCCAUGAAUUUUGUAAUGCUCAUUUCGACUACAGUUUUCUACUUGAAAGCGAUACGAGCGAUGAAGUUCAUUCGACGGAAUUCACACAACCAAGACAUCUUAAAGAGUGUAGAUGGCACAGUAACAAAGCUUUCAACCUUUUACCUGCUAUCUGUGUUCGCAUUGUAUCUGCCGUCACUCGCCACCAGUUUUUUAAAACACUUAUAUAAUCUGGAUGUUCUGCAUUUCGUCUUUUUUAUCGGUAUGUUGCUUAUCUACGUGAACCCGACUGUUAACGGGAUAGUGUUUAUAAGAUUGAACCGAGCCAUAUACAAAAAGAUAACAAGUAUGGCGCGCACAGUCACUGAUCACACUCGCAAUCAUGUGGCAGCAACUGGGGCAAGGCCGACAGACGAUGUUGAAAACCGUGAAACAAUAACAAGAAACAAUUCAAAACGACCGUCAGCGGUCGCGUAAUGCAGUAUUUUAGUAUGAAAAGGCUCCGCUACUAAAUAUUUUAGCUGCAUCAGCUGGCUGGUUAAAUAUUAGUAUUACGUAGCUGGUUCAUCAAGACAUUUCAAGCUAUUCUUCACUAUACGAAUAUCAGUAAAAAAUAUUUCAAUGUUGGUGUUAUUUUACCUAUCUAUCUAGAGGCUUCACGAGUCAACUUUAAAACAACAGAAAUUCUAACCAUUAUAACAGAUAAUAAAGAGAAAUAUAAAAAAUGGAGCAUA